AUGGCUUGUUCUACGAUAAGAUAUGGAAUAGAUGUUACAAGAGAAUUGGGGAUGGACAUACAAAAUAUGGGAGCAAAGAGAACAUGUCUAAUGACCGAUCCAAAUUUGGUAAACUUAGCUCUUGUAAAAGUUGCUAUUGACAGUCUCUCAAAACAUGGCAUUCAAUUCGAGAUUUACGAUAAAGUACGCGUGGAACCAACUGAACAAAGUUUACAAGACUCGAUCGAGUUUGCCAAGCGUGGAAAUUUCAACGCGUUUAUAGCGGUUGGCGGUGGUUCUGUGAUGGACACUUGCAAAGCAGCAAAUUUAUACAGUUGUGACCCAAACGCCGAGUUAGACUAUGUAAACGCACCGAUCGGAAAAGGAAAACCGAUUCAGAUUCCUUUAAAACCCCUUGUCGCCGUUUCUACGACUUCCGGUACCGGUUCUGAAACAACUGGAGUAUCUAUUUUCGAUUAUCGGCCACUGAAGGCCAAAACGGGGAUCGCGAACAGAGCUCUACGUCCAACAUUGGGAAUUAUCGAUCCUCAACACACCCUUAGUUUACCAGAAAGAGUAUGCGCGUAUUCUGGUUUCGAUGUGCUCUGUCAUGCUUUAGAAUCUUUUACGGCGAUACCCUACACAGAAAGGACCCCAUGCCCACCAAAUCCGAUUUUGAGAUAAGCUUAUCAAGGUAGCAAUCCUGUCAGCGAUGUCUGGGCGCGAUAUGCUCUACAAGUUAUGCGCAAAUACUUUGAGCGAGCAGUUUACAAUCAAGAUGAUUUGGAGGCAAGAAACCAUAUGCAUUUAGCGAGUACAAUGGCAGGCGUUGGUUUCGGAAACGCCGGUGUUCAUCUUUGUCACGGACUUUCGUAUCCUAUCAGUGGAAACGUUAGAAAUUUUCAACCAAAGAGUUACAGCAAUGAUCACCCUAUAGUUCCUCACGGCUUAUCCGUGGUGAUUUCCGCCCCAGCCGUGUUUUCUUUUACGGGAAACGCAUGUCCAGAGAGACAUCUGGAAGCUGCGGAACUGCUUGGUGCGAACGUUACGAAUGCUAAGCGGGCUGACGCCGGCCAAAUUUUGGCCGACAAGGUUAAAGAAUACAUGCGCCUUAUGAAAAUCGAGAACGGUUUAUCAGAGCUCGGAUUUAAGAAAGAAGAUAUUCCUACUCUAGUUCAAGGAACAUUGCCUCAGCAUCGCAUCACAAAACUGGCACCUCGCGAACAAUCUGAAGAGGACCUCGCACACUUAUUCGAAAAUUUAUUUACAAUCUACUAA